AUGACUAAAUCAAAGGCAGAUGCUGCUAAGAUACACUUUAUCGACUUCAAAGAUCAUGCAAGCCGACCAGCUGAGACAUUUUGGUCUGGCCAGAAACAUCGGGUCUUACCGCCCCUUCCAAGCUUAUGCUUCUAUUUUGUUCAUCCGGAUUUUAAUCUAGAUGAACUUGACCUGAGGGCCUUCUGGCGAGAUGUAAUAGACGGUCUUUAUGGCCCCUUUCGAUUCGAGAUGUUCUGCAUCCCGGGGGAAGAACUCAAGGCUCGUGGCGAUAUAUUUGAACAGGUCCGAGAGGCCAGCAGGGCUUAUAAGGAUCCCGAAUAUGCAGCUGCACGAAAGGCUCAGGGCAAGCUUCCCGGCUUAGUAACGUCCCACAGGUACCCGGGAGCCCUGGUCUAUCACGGCCUUGUUAUUAUAUACAAGGAUGCGACUUGGAACCGCGAAGACGAGGAUAAAACAUUCGAUGUUAUUAAAUUCGGUCUCGCCCUGACAUCGGAGGACUUUGAGCUUGGGGAUAAAAUAAUUGUACAGGAGCCUUUAAAGACAACGCAGAGGAUAAAUAGCGCUUUAAGCAGUAUUAGUGGCAUGCUGCACUUUCCCAAUAGACCAAAAGAUCAAGCAGUUAUGGCACAAUGUGCCGUCUCAGCGACCCUUCGACGAGGAAUCGAACUGACGACCUUCGCACAGCCAGAAGACCCAUAUUAUGCCAUAACAAUUAUAAGAGUAUAG